CUCCAGUACAAGCCAUUCCCCCGCCGCCGCCGCCUCCCCCACCGGAGCCGGCGAGCCGCCGCCUCCCCAUCGUCACCGCCACCACCACCACGUCCUCCUCAAGGUCUACGGCUCGGCGCCGCUGCCGCCUUCCCCCAACUAGUGAAGCCCCCCCCCCCCUUCCGCCUCUCUGCUCGCCAUCCAUGCCCCCUCUUCCUCGCCGCCAUGCUAGCAGAGUCGGGGGUGGGGCAACGAUCGGCAUCUCUGCUUGGCGGCGGAGAUUGCAAGCGUUCAGCCGGCGACGAGUUUUGGGAUCCAUGAACAGCAUAAUGUGGCUGCACUGGUGCAACAGUUAGUAUGGACAACAGUCGGUGAUUCAUCAAGCAUGGGGCAGCAGCUGCAAUGGCAUGGCCGUGCUCAAGGAAACAAAGCUAACCUAUGUCCCAUCUUUUGAAGCACUGCUACAAAAUUGCAAAUUGAAAUUUACUCCUCAUUAGUCCCAUUUCCUGCUGAGUUGUUGCCUUAUUGGUCUUCCUAGUGAUUUAUUAUGAGCUUUUCACCCCAGAAGAGGUUACUGAUCCAGCUGUAAGCAUGGUGUUGAUUCAAGAGGAAACUUAAGUAGGAAGAAAGGUAUAAGUAACCGCAGGAAGGAAGAUGUCACUAGAGUCUCCUGAGGUCCAAAGAACCAUCUGGGAAGAAAAGAUAAGAAUGAAGUGCAGAAGAAGCAAAAGCUCUGAUCCUCCUCAAAUAAUUUUCUUACUUCCUUCUGCAUUUGGAGUAAUGCAUUGCUUUCUGCACUACUUAUAGAGGAUUCGUACAGCCACCUGGGUCCAAAGUUUGAAAGUGAAAAGAAAUUUUGAAAAGGAUGGCUACCCCACAAUUGGACAAGAGAAUUCUUAGCGAACUUGAACUUAUGGGAUUCCCUACUGCUCGUUCAAUUAGGGCACUCCAUUUUUCUGGUAAUUCCAGUCUUGAAUCUGCAAUAAACUGGCUUCUGGAACAUGAAAAUGAUCCAGACAUUGAUCAGCUACCACUGAUUCCAAGAGAAAUCAACAUUGAAUGUGGUGAUACACCAAAUGAAGCGAGAAAUGACAUUCAAGGAAUGAGGGCUGAUGCCCAGGAGAGUAAACCAGAAGAGUCAACAGCAGCUGGAAGACAGAAGGAAACAUCACAGGUAGAAAGAGAACUUAAUGCAGAUCAAAACGAGGACGAAGUCAGAAGGAGGAUCAUAGAAUUGUUCAAGUCAAAACAGGAUGGUCAAGAAAGAGAAAGAGGUAGAAUCCGGAAUCAAUUACAAGAGGAUAAGAGGGAGAGGAUUCGAGCUGCUAAAGAUCUUAUGGAAGCAAAGAGGACUCUUGAGGAAAAUCAAAGAAAACGUGUGAUGGAGAGUCGAAAAGCAGAUCAAGAGGAGGAGAAAAGAACAAGAGAGAGAAUCCGGAAGCGUAUUGAAGAUGAUAAGGCAGAAAGAAGGCGAAGGCUUGGUUUGCCAAUGGAAAACCCAGUAGCUUCAGUCCCAACCUUAACUCCAACGAAGAUAAAACCUGUUGAACCUGCUGUGUCACCAGAACAACUGAGAGACUGCCUACGAAAUCUGAAAAAGAAUUACAAGGAUGACACUACUAAAGUCACAAGAGCAUUCCAAAUACUGCUGAAGAUAAUUGCCAACAUAGUGAAGAACCCAGAAGAGGAGAAGUUCAGGAGGAUUCGACUAAACAAUCCUGUUUUCAAGGAAAGAGUGGGCAAUUUGCAAGGAGGCGUAGAAUUCCUGGAGCUGUGCGGAUUCAUGAAGCUCGCGAUCAGCGGCUACCUGGUAAUGCCGAGGGAUAAUAUCAACUUGGCACUUCUCAAUGCUGCUGGAGUUGAGGUAGCAUCUGCAAUGGAAAACCCCUACUUUGGCCUACUCUCCAAGUGAAUGGAAGAUCCUUUCGGCUACUUCAUCAUGAGGAGGCAGCUGGUGCUGCUGCUUCUCUACAUCGUACAAUCCUCCUACUAGUGAUCAGUGAAUGGCCGCCACUACAAUGGGUCCAUCACAGCUGCUAGAAUCUGUUUCCUGUCGCCAACAUUCGUGUACGAUAUCUCUCGGUUAAUUUGGAACUAACGACAGAUCUAACACCUGGGUAAAAAACACUGGUGCUUCUCAAGUUGUAACGCAUACGAUGUGUCAUGUGUAUGUUCAUCCAGGAGGAAUAAAAAAUGAAAAAUAUAUACAUCACCUGCAAUGCUGUUAUGGUAA